AUGAGGUUCCUCUUCCUCCUACUGCUGUUACAGUGCAUUCCCAACUCAUUCUCUGCCAAAUCAGGCCGAUUGCCGGAAUACCAAGCACUCAUUUCCCUCAAAUCCGCCAUCUCCGACGACCCACAGUCCUCCCUUUCCACCUGGGACCUUUCUACCAGCCACUGUACUUGGUCCGGUGUCACCUGCGAUUCUAGACGCCAUGUUAUCGAUCUCGACAUCUCCGGCCGCAAUCUCACCGGCACUCUCUCCUCCGACAUUGGUCACCUCCGCAGCCUCGUUAAUUUCACCAUCGCCGCCAACAACAUUGGUGGCCCUAUUCCACCGGAGAUCGCUUCCAUUUCUGGCCUCCGCCUCCUCAAUCUCUCCAAUAAUAUUAUUAAUGAGACAUUCCCACCGGAACUUUCUGCGCUUAAGUCUCUGCAAGUGCUUGACCUUUACAACAACAACAUGACCGGCGACCUGCCACUCGCCGUCUCCGAAAUGACCAACCUCCGACACCUCCAUCUCGGCGGAAACUACUUUUCUGGCGUUAUUCCGCCGGAGUACGGACGGCUUCCUUUUCUUGAAUACUUGGCUGUCUCUGGGAACGAACUCACAGGCUCUAUUCCUCCCGAAAUCGGAAACUUAACAAACCUCCAACAGCUCUACAUUGGGUACUACAAUGGUUACACCGGUGGUAUUCCUCCAGAAAUCGGUAAUUUAUCAAGCCUCAUUCGCCUCGAUGCUGCCAACUGUGGUCUCUCCGGUGAAGUUCCUCCGGAAAUCGGGAAGCUUCAAAACCUGGACACGUUGUUCUUGCAAGUGAACGGACUUUCUGGAUCUCUAACGAAGGAGCUUGGAAGCUUGAAGAGUUUGAAAUCCAUGGAUUUGUCAAACAAUAUAUUCACCGGAGAAAUUCCCCCCUCUUUUGCAGACCUCAACAAUCUCACCUUACUCAAUCUGUUCCGAAACAAACUCCACGGAUCGAUUCCUGAUUUCAUCGGCGAACUGCCGGAGUUGGAGGUAUUACAGCUCUGGGAAAACAACUUCACCGGAAGCAUUCCUCAAGGCCUUGGCAAGAACGGAAAGCUACAGAUCCUUGAUCUGUCUUCCAACAAAUUAACAGGUUCACUUCCUCCCAAUCUAUGCAAUGGAAACAAACUCGAAACGAUAAUCACUUUGGGAAACUUUUUAUUUGGUCCGAUUCCGGAGUCUCUUGGUGAAUGCCAAUCGCUGAAUCGAAUCCGAAUGGGAGAAAAUUUCCUCAAUGGUUCAAUUCCAAAAGGGCUUUUCAGUUUGCCUCAUCUCUCACAGGUUGAACUUCAGAACAAUCUUCUCUCCGGUGAAUUCCCGGUUACCGAUUCUGUUUCAGCGAAUCUCGGUCAGAAGCUUUUACUUGAUGGUAACAAGUUUACCGGCAACAUUCCCGGCGAAAUAGGCAAACUACAGCAACUAUCCAAGAUCGAUUUCAGCCACAACAGUUUAUCCGGCGAAAUCGCUCCUGAAAUCAGCCAGUGUAAACUUUUAACAUAUGUCGAUCUCAGCCGUAACCAGCUCUCCGGCGAAAUCCCAACCGAAAUCACAGGCAUGCACAUUCUAAAUUACUUGAACGUCUCUCGUAAUCAUCUAAUCGGAAGCAUUCCAACAUCCGUAGCGUCAAUGCAAAGCUUAACAUCCGUCGAUUUCUCCUACAACAAUCUCUCCGGUCUUGUCCCCGGCACCGGUCAGUUCAGUUACUUCAAUUACACUUCAUUUUUGGGGAACGCCGAUCUCUGUGGACCAUAUUUAGGACCUUGUAAAGAAGGAAUCGCAAACGCCACCCAUCAACCACAUUCAAAGACAUCACUUUCCGCCUCUGUAAAACUUCUUCUCGUUCUUGGCCUACUCUUCUGUUCCAUCGCCUUCGCCAUUGCAGCAAUCAUCAAAGCUCGAUCUAUCAAGAAAGCUUGUAAAGCUCGAUCAUGGAAGCUUACUGCUUUCCAACGCCUAGAUUUCACUUGCGAUGAUGUUCUCGAUUCUUUAAAGGAAGAUAACAUCAUCGGAAAAGGAGGAGCGGGGAUUGUUUACAAAGGCGCCAUGCCCAACAAUGAGCUUGUGGCGGUGAAAAGAUUGCCGGCCAUGAGCCGUGGUUCUUCUCACGACCAUGGAUUCAAUGCCGAGAUUCAAACCCUAGGAAGAAUCAGACAUCGACAUAUCGUGAGAUUAUUAGGGUUUUGCUCCAACCAUGAAACUAAUUUGUUAGUGUAUGAGUAUAUGCCAAAUGGGAGUUUGGGUGAAAUGCUUCAUGGGAAGAAAGGGGGACAUUUGCUUUGGGACACAAGAUAUAAAAUCGCUAUUGAAGCUGCAAAGGGUCUUUGUUAUCUCCACCAUGAUUGCUCACCAUUAAUCCUCCAUCGUGAUGUCAAAUCAAACAAUAUACUUUUGGAUUCCAAUUUUGAAGCCCAUGUCGCCGAUUUUGGUCUUGCAAAGUUCUUGCAGGAUUCCGGCACCUCAGAAUGUAUGUCUGCCAUUGCCGGUUCUUAUGGCUACAUCGCCCCAGAAUAUGCAUACACACUUAAGGUUGAUGAAAAGAGCGAUGUGUAUAGCUUUGGUGUGGUUCUUUUAGAACUUGUAACAGGAAGAAAACCAGUUGGGGAAUUUGGAGAUGGUGUUGAUAUUGUGCAAUGGGUUAGAAAGAUGACAGAUGGAAGCAAAGAAGGUGUUAUGCAAAUCUUGGAUCCAAGACUUUCAAGUGUUCCAAUUCAUGAAGUAAUGCACUUGUUUUAUGUUGGAAUGUUAUGUGUUGAAGAACAGGCGGUUGAACGUCCGACAAUGAGAGAAGUUGUGCAAAUGUUGACGGAGCUCCCAAAGCCGCCCAAUGCCGCCGUCACCACCGCCUUAGCUCCGCCAUCGCCCACCAUGGAAGAUGGCAAAGAGAAGCAAGAGCCGGCUGAUCUUUUAAGCAUAUGAAGGAAAGAGUAAAGGUGUUUGAGUUGGUUAAUUUGGGGUUAGGUUUGGUUUUUUGUUCUUUUUUAAUGUUUAGGGGGGAGGGAAGGGUUUUUAGUUGUAAGUGUUAAGGAUGUUUUUGUUAUGUUUUAGAAAGUAAUUUGUGAAUAGUAAGAUUGGUUGGGG